GUUUGGACUCCACAAACAAGCCCACCGAAGGCCGAAAGAUAACUUAAAAACGACCCAUGCUUUCCCAUCAUGCGCAUGUCCGUGUUGGCGUGUCCGGCGCGGUCAUGGCCGCUGAUCUGAUCGGUCUAGACCCGUCUUAUCCGAACGCAAAACGAAGUGGACCGAAAAGAGUUGCACAGUUGGACUUGGUUGGCCGUUGGUGUGGCUGAAGACCCGACGAUAGCCGUCUGGCUUCAAAAUUCUCGGGCCUUGGGCCUUGGGGUCCCACUCAUAUGCAUGAAUCUCGAUGUCUCGGCAAAAGACGUUCAUGAACGGUGUCCCCGUCGCCUCGCCUCGACGUGCGUGUCGUAUUUGGGUUGCGCAAGUCACAAAGCGAUAUUGGAAGCGCAACCGACCCCGUCAAGGGUUACCGUCGGCCGUCGGCCUUGAUAGGUAUGAUGAGCAGGCGUUCUCGUCAUGAGGCGUUAUCUUGCCGUCAUCACAUGCGCAAAUCAAAGUCGCGUUCCCGGGUUGUAUCUUUUCGGGUCUGGCGCUCUUGAAGGCGCUUGGGGCGGCUCUCAUAUGUCAGCUGUCCGUUGCAGUUGUCACGGGUUGAGCGCUGUGGUGUACUUGGUCUGGACUCCAAGAGGAUGAGACAGAGGGUGCGAACGUGCGUCUAUCUGCUUCGCAUGAUCUAGCCCGAGACAGACGGAUGGUUCCAUGAUAUGAUUCCGAGCGCUCGGAAACCGCAACAUCAACGAAUUGCUGACGACUCUGUCAAUUCUCACUCAACUACUCAUCGCUUCUGCUUCCUCGGCCUUGUCCGAUGCUUUCUCAUUAUCACUCCCUUUAUGUAUCGCACCGCCACAUGCCAUGUGCAAGCCCGGCGUGAUAAGGCGAAGAAGGUACCAUGCUGGCGCAUGCUCCUUAUCCUAGUUCUUAUCUUUGUUUUCGCCAAUGCCGACGAGGAUAGCGGCCAUCUCGUCCGAGUCCCCGGGUCCCUUGCGGCUUGCGUUGUACAGUAUUUUGGGUGAUUGGAUCCGAGUUUGAGAUAUUGUGGUGCUCUCGAGUGUCGUUUAAAGUUGGCGGUGCUAUUGAGCGGUGGGUGUUGAUUUGCUAUCACCUCUUAUCAUAAGCGUGGAUCUCGUUUAGGGGGACGGGCAGGCGAGACCUUUUUGCAGUUGGUUUGGGCUUCGACUCGUUUAUGAGAUCCGGGAUUGCUUGUUUGAAUUGUUGUAUUCGUGCCCAUGCAUUCCCGCUCUACCUGUCCGCG